AUGGAUCAUUUCUUGCAGGUUGAUAUGAAGAAGGUGAAAAAGGAAGUAAUUUACCCGUGGAUUGCUAGAAGAGUGACUGAGCUCCUUGGAGUUGAAGAUGAGGUUCUAAUCAAUUUCAUUUGUAGUCUACUCCAAGACGAGGUGGAUCCCAAACGCAUGCAGAUACAGCUGACAGGGUUCCUGGAGAAUCACACGACUACUUUCAUGAAGGAAUUGUGGAGAAUCCUCCGUAACGCGCAUCGCAAUGAGCACGGGAUUCCGCAGAAACUUCUGGACGAAUUCGCCGAGGAGAAUGGAUUAAUUCCUACUGAGGUAGGAGAUGCGAGAAAAAAGGCGUUGGAAGCUGCUGCAAGGCUUUCGUCAGAUAUCCUUGAGGAUGCUCAAAAGGAACGCGGGCCUAAAGAAGACCACGAGGUUGAAAGCUAUCAGUGUGCUGCUGCUGCACAUCCUGCUGGAUCUUCGCAGGAUAUUGGAGGUGCAACUUCACAAGUUGAUGUUGAUGGUGGAAGGUUUGUUAGUGCUAUAUCUCAAGCUGGCUGCAGUUCUGCGCAAGCCUCUUCUAAAGCCUUGGCUGCAAGAGCUUGUGGAUUAGAAGAUGCUUCUCAUGGACAGGACAAGUUCUACGGAAGCCCCGACCAGCAAGACUCCAGUCACCAGGUUGAAGACAUGGACAUUUCGUCUGAAGAUGAGUCCUGUGUGAAGAAGGGCGUGACGGAUUCAGCAGGCUCUGCAGGAGAGUGGGAGGGCAUGGAGACGAGGGACGAGAGGAAGGCAAGGAAGAAGGAAAGGCGGCGCCACAAGGAAGAGAAGAGGGCACGGAAGGAGGAGAGGCGGAAGAGGAGGGAGGAGAAGCGGCAACGUAAGGCAGAAAAGCAGGCUGCCAGGGAGACGAGCAAGAAGGCGGAGAGGGAUGGAGAUCAUCCAGAUGACUGGGAGCCCCUCCCAAUGAUAGAACCUGAAGCAAUGAAGCAAGAUGCAGAGAUUCAAAUCUGUUCCCAGGAGUUUGAGGAGAGAGACAGAAGGUGGCUUGACACUGUGCUCCUGGAUGGUCCUGCUGACAUUUCACAGCCUGAAGAUCCUGAUUGGGGUUCAAUGCCGAAGCUGGCUGCAGCAGGCAAGGCUGUGAUGGAAUCUCAGGAGCAUCACAAGACAAUCACUGCAGAUGAGCAGCGGAAAGCAAAUCUGGAGAGGGAUUUGAGGAUGAAGGUGAUGCAUUCUUUCCAAGCUAAGCGGCUGACUGUUUGA